GCAAAAGUAAAUCGAAAGCGUGUAUCAAAUUUCACUGCCGAUGAAAAGGCUAUAUUAGGGCAACUAAUAAAGAAGCGGCCUAUUAUAGAAUCGAAGCAUACGGAUGGAAAAUCAAUUUUGAGAAAGAAAGAAGCUUGGGAUUUGCUUACGAAUGAGUUCAAUUCAAAUUCGAAUGUCUACAAGCGUGAGACGGUUACAUUAAGGAGGGCGUGGGAAAAUAUGAAGGCAGUCGCACGAAAGGCUCGGGCAGUAGAAAGGGGUAAUUUAUUUCGAACGGGCGGUGGGCCACCGGUGCCAUCAACAUCACGGCAAGUAGAAGCAAUAGUGGACAUGGUGGAAGAGGCUGCUCCCGCAAUGAUUUGCGAAAUCUCCAACAACUUUGACAGCGAUGGGGCAAUUUUGCUAAACAUGGAAAAUAGCCAAUCUAGCUCCAUUGAGUUUUUAGAUAUGAUCACGGAAGCAAAUGAGGAAUCCGACGUAAACUUCAAAGCCAUAAGCAUAAAUUAUGAAGGUGAACCAAAUGUUGCAGUACACAGUAAUGAAACUGGCCACCAACAAAAAGUGGAAAAGGAGCAAGUACGCAGACCAAGCGACUACGUUCGGCGGGAGGCAGCAUUACGGGUAAGGUACCUAGAGAAGAGAGAUUUGAGUACUUCGUGAAAGGAUCAGAAUAAUCUCGAAGAUAGCGCCUCAAUCCCACUUCCCUGUGCCUUCUUACAUAAUCCGCAAAGUCCAUGAAGUCUUCUAGAUCGGACAUUUUUCCACUAUUUUAAAAAUCUAACACAAAUUCAAACGAAAAUAAUAAAAUAAUAAACAAAAGAUUGUCAAAAUCUCUCGUUAAAAAGUUAAGUGAAGGUUUUUCUUUACUCAACUUUAAUGUUCAUUAAAUGCCGUUAAUGAAACAUUAGCUGACUCUGAGAGGGAAUUUUUUCAAAUCGUUACUGAGGGACACCUUAAGUAAUCAUUAAACGACUCUGAGUGCG